CACACUCCUCUCCUUCCCACUUCACCAGCCGUCACUCCACCCCCUGCCUCACACUCCCAUACAGACGCCUCUGGAAAAGUCCGGCCGGCGGCCCAACAACAACAACAACCACCGCAACAGCAGCAGUGGAGGAGGAGUAAUAGAAAAAGAAGAAAGAGGAGUGUGUGUUGUUCACGUGGCUGCUUACCGCCGCUUUCCUUGCUUCUCCACAUCGAAGGGGGCGCUGUUUCCCCUGUCUUAAUUUGGUUAAUAGAAAGCAGCAUUAUAGUAAAGGACCUGGGCCUAUUGCUGGUCCUUGGGAGUAUCAGGACCCUUUAUAAAUGCACCUAGGAUUUUCUUUAAUAUUAUCUGUUAAGCUACAACUGCUAAGUGGAUGUUCGACUCCGAUCUGCUUCAAAUGCUAUUCUUAAAGCUGCUCUCUAACUGAGUAAAAUGUCCACUUGGACCCCCUUGCCAACUGUGAAUGAACGUGAUGCAGAGCAACCUACUUUGGGUCAAAGCGACUCUAAGACAAGUAGUGGGGGUUGCAAUAGCAAACCCAAUAUGCUGAGAUGUCGCACUUCUAUUCCAACCUCUGCAGAUGAGCAGCCACAUAUUGGAAACUACCGACUUCUCAAAACCAUUGGCAAGGGCAAUUUUGCUAAGGUCAAGCUAGCUCGCCAUGUUUUAACUGGAAAGGAGGUUGCUGUAAAAAUUAUAGACAAAACACAACUAAAUUCUUCUAGUUUGCAAAAGCUCUUCAGAGAAGUGCGAAUAAUGAAGGUUCUGAACCACCCUAACAUAGUAAAAUUAUUUGAAGUUAUAGAAACCGAGAAGACAUUAUAUCUUGUAAUGGAAUAUGCCAGUGGAGGUGAGGUCUUUGAUUAUUUGGUUGCACAUGGAAGGAUGAAAGAAAAGGAAGCACGGGCUAAGUUCCGGCAGAUUGUCUCUGCUGUUCAGUAUUGUCAUCAGAAGUUUAUAGUUCACAGGGAUUUGAAGGCUGAAAACUUACUGCUAGAUUCUGAUAUGAAUAUAAAAAUUGCCGAUUUUGGCUUCAGCAAUGAAUUCACUUUUGGGAACAAGCUGGAUACAUUUUGUGGAAGUCCACCCUAUGCAGCACCUGAGCUUUUUCAGGGGAAGAAGUAUGAUGGGCCUGAAGUAGAUGUGUGGAGUCUCGGAGUUAUUCUCUAUACAUUGGUCAGUGGCUCCUUACCUUUUGAUGGGCAGAACCUAAAGGAGCUACGGGAGCGUGUUCUAAGGGGUAAAUAUCGUAUCCCUUUUUACAUGUCUACAGACUGUGAAAACUUGCUAAAAAAAUUCCUAAUACUAAAUCCAAGCAAGAGGGGCACACUGGAGCAAAUUAUGAGGGAUCGUUGGAUGAAUGUAGGUUAUGAGGAUGAUGAGCUGAAGCCAUAUAUUGAACCAGUUCCAGAUUACAAAGAUCCUAAAAGGACAGAGUUGAUGAUAACUAUGGGUUACACACCUGAGGAAAUACAGGAUUCUCUUAUUAACCAGAAAUAUAAUGAGGUUAUGGCAACAUAUCUGCUUCUUGGCUGCAAGUCUUCUGAGUUGGACAAUGACAAUUUGACCUUAAAACAGAGACCACCUCCAGACAUCACCAACAGUACAGCUCCUUCACCUGCUCACAAAGUUCAUCGCAGUGUAUCUGCUAACACCAAGCAAAGAAGACUCAGUGACCAGGUUGGUCCUACCAUUUCGACAUCAAAUUCCUACUCCAAAAAGACACAGAGCAACAAUGCCGAAAAUAAACGGUCUGAUGAGGAGAGAGAAAGUGGGCGCAAAUCUAGCAGUACGGUUAGAGUGCCACCUAGUCCUUUAUCUGGAUUAGAGAGAAGGAAAACAACCGCAACUCCAUCUACAAACAGUGUACUAUCCACUGGAACCAAUCGUAGCCGUAAUUCUCCUAUGCUAGAGAGAACCAAUCUUGGUCCUGGAUCAGUUCAGAAUGGCAAGGAUAGCUUCUCCACGCCUGGCUCCCGUGCAUCCACUGCCUCUGCCCCAGCCACAUCAGCUCGGAUUCGUUCACAUCAGAAAUCCAUGUCUACAUCUGUGCACCCCUCAAAACCCACACCCUCCUUAGAGAGCAGCACUGAUGCACAUAGACCAAGCACAGCCCCUCAGAGAGUCCCUGUUGCAUCCCCUUCUGCUCACAAUAUCAGUAGUGCUGCCCCAGAAAGGACUAACUUUCCACGUGGAGUAUCCAGUAGGAGCACAUUUCAUGCUGGUCAGCUUCGCCAAGCUCGGGACCAACAGAAUUCACAAUUUGGUGGUGUAACGCCAGCAUCUCCUGCUGGUAAUAGUCAUGGUCGUCGGGGCGCAACUGGAAGCAUCUUUAGCAAGUUUACAUCCAAGUUCGUACGCAGAAAUCUGUCUUUCAGAUUUCAAAGAAGGAAUCCAAAUGAACCAGAAGGGAAAGAUCGAGUGGAGAGCAGCAGGCCUCAACUGACUGUUGCAGAAAAAGAGAAAGAUGACCUGAGGGACUCCAAGCCACGUUCAUUGCGCUUCACAUGGAGCAUGAAAACAACCAGCUCAAUGGAGCCUAAUGAGAUGAUGAGUGAAAUCCGCAAAGUGCUGGAUGCCAAUAACUGCCAACACGAGUCACAAGAGAAGUACAUGCUGCUUUGUGUCCAUGGCUCACCAGGUCAUGACAGCUAUGUACAGUGGGAGAUGGAGGUGUGCAAGCUUCCACGGCUCUCCCUCAAUGGUGUGCGUUUCAAGAGAAUUUCUGGCACUUCUAUGGCAUUUAAGAACAUUGCCUCCAAAAUUGCCAAUGAACUUAAACUUUAACAGGGCUUUUUGUUCCGUAAGUAAUGGAGACACAAAAUGAGACAGUCACCAGGCACCCCACCCAUCCCCCAGCCUGACCAGCUCUUUUAACCAAGAGGAUGCCUGGAUUUCCAUUUUGGCUCUCUGGGUUUGUAGGGCAGGUUGCCCUGGUAUAAACUACUGCUCCUUUCCAUUUUUUUUUUUUUUUUUUUUAAAGAUUGGGUUUGGGAUUAUCUAUUAGACUGCUAAGAAGAAUCUUGUAGAAGGCAAGCUACUAUGGUUGCCCCUCCUAUAAAUUUGCAACUGUAUCAUAUUAAGUACAGGUUUAAAAAUCAAACCACAACCGAUUUCAAGGGAUGUUGUAGGUUUCAUCCCUUUAUUCACAGAUAGUUCCAAGUUCUUUUGUAUAGAAUUUGUUAUAAAAAGAAAAAUAAUGUCUAAGACACUGAACUACUAGCUCAGGGUGGUUAUACAACACAGGUACAGAUGAAGACUGCCCAACAUGGAGUAAGAUUUUGUGACUAACUUUUGAACAUUUUUUGGGCUGCCUUUUUUUCUCUUUUCCCUUUUUCUCUCUUUUAUUUUUUUGGCCAUCACUCAAUAUGUUAGACACCUGCAAUUUCUGUAAGAAAUAAGCUUACUGAUCAGUGCAGCACAGUGGUGGAUACAUCUUCACUUACUCUGUGGUACAAAACACAGGCAAAAAAUCUACUGCAAUGUAUUUCUCUCUAGUAAAAGUGACUCUUAAAGGGGGUAUCCAGGAAAAAACUUAUUUUUAUAUAUCAACUGGCUCCAGAAAGUUAAACAGAUUUGUAAAUUACUUCUAUUAAAA